UACUAUCCCCUAAUACCACUGUACAUACAUUUAAUACUAGCCAUUAAGCCCACUGUAAUCGUGUUCUCAGCACCAACACAUAUAGAGACACUCUCAAUGUAAAGAGAGCGCAAAGAAUACGAAGGAGAAAAGGAGAAGAAUAAAAUGAGAGCGAGAUCAGUUUUGGAUCGAGCAGAGACGAGAAAGCACGCGUUGUGAAUUGCUGCCCAGACUACAAUUUCAGAAGUGGUUCAGAAGCCCACUAAAGUUAGAACUCCCACUCAAUUAAAAGCUACUGACUAAAACAAUAAAAAUGGAUAAUCUCGACAUCAACAACUAUACACUUAUCGGAUUGAAGACUUGGUGUGCUCGAUUAAAUCUGCCCACAGAGGGUAGUAAGGCCAGCUUGAUUGCAAUGCUGAAUGAAAUUCCUGCAUUUGAGCGUGGACCUGGACCAAUAAUCGACAAUCAAGGCGCAAUUCCAAAACACAAAGAAAAUAACGAAAUCAACUACGCAUUAAAAGGCACUGGCGAAAUUUCUGGAGACUCCGACAACGGCACUGUACCCACAGCUUCAGCUAGCAGUGUAUCAGACAAGGACGGAUAUACUGACCUGCUCGUUGAGUUCGACGCACACAACGAAACGUUGAGGAAAGAAGAAACGCCGAUUGAAGCAAUAGUGCAGACCACAAAAAAGAUGUCGUUGGUAUUCGAAAAAGACAACAAAGAAGAAAUCGGAACAUUAAUAGAAGUUGGCAGCUCCAGCCCCACUCCGAUAAAUAGUAAUUUUGCAACACUAGAACAAACCAUCGAAAACCUGCAACACGAAAACGAACAGCUGCGCAAAAAAUCAGCUGUCCCAUUUAAUGUAAUAAAAGAAUGCGUUCCUGAGUUCAAUGGCGAAGGUGAUAUUGAUGUUUGGCUAACCUGCAUAAAAAAUGUUCAAGCCAUUUUCAAAGUUGAAGAUGACAUUAUGCGCUCACUCAUUUGCGCACGCAUUAAAGGCAAAGCCAGUGCUUGGUUCUUCGCAAACUACUCGCCUCUCUCCGCGGGCAUUGAUCAAAUUCUACAUCAACUUCGUGUCAUGUUUGGAAACAAGGACAACAUUCUGGAAACUCGUCGCAAGUUUGAACAACGAAAAUGGAUAUUUGAUGAAAAGUUCGUGGUGUACUAUCACGAAAAGUUGCUACUUGCCAAAGAUCUAAAUAUGAACGACGCUGAGACCAUACAAUACUUGAUUGAUGGAAUCCCGGAUCAACAGUUACGCAAUCAAGCAUUGCUUCAAUGUUUUGUCUCGACAGAGGCUAUGCUUAUGGCUUUCCAGCACCUGAACAGACCUCGUCCACCACCCACCAAGAUGCGUCCUUUCUUGGCUGACGUUAAGAACUACACAGGACCCAAGUCAGAUGUAAGCCAACCAGGGACCACAACUACAUCGUCACAGGCCAUGAAAUGUUACAAUUGCCAUAGCUUGGGCCAUUCCGCAGCCGAAUGCCGCAAGCCUGUACGCCCAGAUGGAGCUUGCUAUGCCUGUGGUGAAUACGGGCAUGUGGCCAGAGAUUGCAAGCUGUAUAAGAAGAACAUCAAAGAAACUAAAAACGAUUACAGUGCCUUCUAGACUCGGGAAGUCCGAUCUCAUUUGUUAAACAAUCAAUAGUUCCUGAAGGACUUAAAAUUCGUAACACUGAAGACCAUGAAGAUUAUGUUGGAAUAAAUAAUAGUAAAUUAGUCAUUUUUGGAAAAAUAUUUUGUAACAUUAUAACUUCAAAUAAAACUGUUAAUAUUGAAACAAUGGUCGUGAACAAUGAGUCUACAAGGUACAAUAUGGUACUAGGUAGAGAUUUCUUAGAGCUAUGCAAUUUACAAUUAAUUUCAGUGAACGAUACUAAGACCAGAUUGAUCGAUGUAAAAUGGUAUGAUAACUAUGAACAGCCUGUAAGGGUAGGCAUCACAGAAACAACAAAGAGUAUAAGACAACGUAAAGUCUCAACAGAAGAGUCAAAAGUAGAGCCAAAAGUAGAGUCAAUAGUAGCGGAAGUAGUAGAGCCAAAAGUAGAGUCAAUAGUAGCGGAAAUAGUGGAGCCAAAAGAAAAAAUCAACGUAGCGAGCUAUCACAAAGUUAAGUCAAACAAUAAAAUUAAUAUUACAAAUUCAAAGCCAGAAGUAGUGAAAUCGAAUCCUUUUAAAAACAAUGUACAUAUACAAGGCAAAGAAAACAUAGACGUCAACGUAGAAGGCGAGCCAAACGAUUUUGAUAAAGAAAUGUUAGCCAUCAAUGUUGUGCAAGAAGGCAACGCUACUUUCAAGGUGGGGGAAGAAAUUAAUUAUAAAGUAAGAGAACAAUUCAAACGUAUCUUCGAAGAACAAUAUUUGCUAGCCAAUAGAUCACUAGAACCCAAAGUAAAAACUGUAAUGAAAAUCACGGUAGAGAGUGAUAAACCAUUCAAUUGUCCACCACGGAGAUUAUCAUACAUGGAAAAAACAGAAGUACAAAAAAUUCUAGAUGAAAACCUAGAAUUAGGUUAUAUACGUCCCAGCGAAUCAG